AAUAAAAAAAAAAUCGUUUGUUAUUCAGAAUAAGGUUACUAUUUCGGUAUAAGUUCGCAAGGUACUGAAACUUCUGUAAACGAUGUAUGUCGAUGAUGUGGUAGUACCAGAUACACUUUGUAUGUAGAUUUUGGAGACAGGACAGAUCCCAUUAAGUAAGGACAGCGAUUUAAUUGGUCACAGCACGCUUUGGAGCCUUUAAUGGAGAACGGGCAAGGAGUGACAGAGGCAGCGCCACGGGGGGUGGGGGGUAUAAAACCAAAAAAAUACGUUUGUCUACUAUGUGAGAAAGCAUUUACAAGAUCAAACACAUUAAAGGUACAUAAAAGAAGUCACACCGGAGAAAAGCCGCAUGUCUGUGUAAUAUGCCAAAAACAGUUUGCACAAUCGAGUCACUUAAGAGCACAUGUACUUGUUCAUACUGGCGAGAAACCUCACUCCUGUGAAAUAUGUAAUAAGAAAUUCACGUCUGCGGGGAGCUUACAAGUACAUAACAGAGUUCACACGGGCCUAAGGCCUUACUCGUGCGUAAUAUGCCAAAAAACAUUCAUGACAAGAAGUCAGUUAACGAUUCAUGAAAGAGGUCACACUGGAGAAAAGCCUUUCGCCUGUGAAAUAUGUCAAAAAACAUUCAAGCAAUCAGCUCAUUUAACGAAACAUAAGUUAACCCAUACAGGAGAAAAGACUCACACCUGUACAGAAUGUCAAAAAAAGUUUUCUUCAUCAAGUGACUUAAAUGAACAUACUCGGGUACAUAAUAAAAUGAAACCAUACUCUUGUGUAAUAUGCCAAAAACAGUUUUCUAGAUCAUAUAAUUUAAAGACACAUGUUCUAAGUCACACCGGGGAGAAGCCUUACACUUGUAAAACAUGUAAAAGAGGGUUCACAAGUGGAAGCAACUUGAAGGUACACGAACAAAUUCACGCUGGGGUAAAGCGUCACCAGUGCAUUAUAUGUUCAAGAAAAUUUCAAACAUCCGCUCAAUUAAAACAGCAUGAAAUAACGCACACUGGAGAAAAGCUUUAUGCCUGCGAAAUAUGUGAAAAAGAAUUCACGCGAUCGGAUAAAUAUAGGAGACAUAAGAUGAUCCACGCUGGUGUAACCCCAUAUUCCUGCAAAAAGUGUCCGGAAAGAUUCAUGUCCUCUAGACAAUUAAAUAAGCACAAACAGACACACAAGUCUUAAACCUUAGUUUUCGGUAAUAUAUCUAUUGCAUAAGAUAUAUUACCGACAACUAAGGUUUAAGACCUAGAUAUCUACCGAAUAUAUCUUAAUUACAUUAUGAAAUAAAUGUCAUAUACGAAGGAAAAGUGACUAAGGCCUCCAGUGCUCAGGGCUGGAAUCGAACCAGCGUCCCUCUGCUAUCGCGGCAGGUGCCUGUACCUCACGGCCACCCGGGUCACGGCGGCAUGGGUCGAAUUUGGGUUUCUGACACUUCCUUAGGGCUUAGUAGUGUUUGUGCUUUUCGGUGAAGGAAAACAUCGUGAGGAAACCGGACUAAUCCCAACAAGGCCUAGUUUAUCCUCUGGGUUGGAAGGUCUGAUGGCAGUCGCUUUCGUAAAAACUAGUGCCUACGCCAAAUCUUGGGAUUAGUUGUCAAGCGGACCCCAGGCUCCCAUGAGCCGUGGCAAAUGCCGGGACAACGCGAAGAAGAAGAGAGUGUUUCUACUUGAAAUAACACAAAUUAAAAUAUUUUCAAAAAAUAAUUUGUUUCUAAUUGUACAGUAAAUGUGAUUUUCAUGCGAUGGUUUUGCAUACUACUCAUUGACAAUCACUACAUCUUACAAAUUAAAGUCCCCCGCCGCGUCUGUCGAUAAACUCGAAAACUACUGAACCGAUUUUUAUGCUAUUUUCACCUAUGAAUAGAGUGAUUCUUUAGAAAGGUUUAGGUUAGGUUAGAAAACAGCAUGAACUAACGCACACUGGAGAAAAGCCUUAUACCUGCGAAAUAUGUGAAAAAGAAUUCACGCGAUCGGAUAACUUUAGGAGACAAGAUGAUCCACGCCGGUGUAACCUGGAUUCUUGGGGAAGGUUUAGGAGUAUAAUUUGUCAAGGUUUACCCGUGGGAAUCCGGGGCGGAUUGCUAGUUUGAAAAUAAAAUAGUCAUCAUCUUCCUCACGUUGUCCUGGCAUUUUGCUGCGGCUCAUGAGAGCCUGGGGUCCGCUUGGUAACUAAUCCCAAAAAUUGGCUUAGGCACUAGUUUUGACGAAAGCGACUGUGAUCUGACCUUCCAGCCCAGAGGGUAAACUAGGCCGUAUUGGGUUUAGUCCGGUUUCGUUACGACGUUUUCCUUCACCGAAAGCGACUGGUUAAUAUUAAAUGAUAUUUCGUACAUUAGUUCCGAAAAUUGGUACGAGGCGAGUUUUGAACUCGCGACCUCCGGAUUGCAAGUCGCACCGCUCUUGCCCCAAGGCCACCAGUGCUUUUUUUAGAAAACAAAAUAGUAAUAUGAUAAUAGAAAUCUCAAAUUCUGAUCACAAUCCAGUUUUGAUAAAAAGGCAAAAAAAGGGUAAUAGGUAUGUAACUUUUUUUGUAUUAAUAGUUAGGGUUUUUUUUUAAUCUUUUGGGAUUGCCUAAUGUAAGUUUAUUGUUACCAAUAUCUAAUAUUAGAAACAUAUAUUAAUGAAAACAACGUUGUUUCCAUACAUUUGUUCUGAGGUACAUACGUGCUAUAUCUAGUAGUCAACAAAAACGUCACUGACUCGCCAACGCCAAGGUCCCGGGGAAAGCGAGCUAAUAUAAACCUUACUUGAAAGUGUGAAGGUUACUUUGACAGCAUACGUCAUAAUUAUAACCCCUAUUGUCCUUGGCGCUCUGGGCAAGAUUAAUAAAAACGAACUUUUUUUUUCAAUAACGUUACAGCUAUCAUGACAGUUGCCCAAUGCGAUAGUGUAGCAAAUAUUAGCCUAGGUGCAUAAAUAUAAUUAAUUCUAAGGACUAUAACAUGUUAAAAACAAAGUGAAAUGA